AUGAGUGUUGUCGGUGUUGAUUUGGGCACCAUGAACACGGUGGUCGCCGUGGCCCGCAACCGUGGUGUCGACGUGAUCACCAACGAGGUGUCCAACCGCGCGACUCCUUCUCUCGUCGGCUUCGGCCCCAAGAACCGCUACCUCGGUGAGGCCGCCAAGACACAGGAGAUCUCCAACCUGAAGAACACCGUCUCUUCUCUGAAGCGCCUUGUCGGCCGUUCCUUUAAGGAGGCCGACAUCCAGAUCGAGCAGCAGUACAUCUCUGCGCCUCUCAUCGACGUCAAUGGCGAGGUCGGCGCUGAGGUUUCGUACCUCGGCAAGAAGGAGCGCUUCUCUGCGACACAGCUGCUGGCCAUGUUCAUUGGCAAGAUCAAGCAGUCGACCGCCGACGAGAUCAAGGUCCCUGUCACAAACUUGGUCUUGAGCGUGCCUGCUUGGUUCACCGACCGUCAACGCCGCAGCCUCAUCACAGCCCUCAACAUUGCCGACCUGUCGGUGCAGCGCCUGCUGAACGACACCACUGCCGCCGCCCUUGGCUACGGCAUUACCAAGCUUGACCUGCCCACCGGUGACGAGAAACCCCGCCGUGUCAUGUUCGUCGAUGUCGGUCACUCUACCUUCACCGCCUCGGUCGUCGAGUUCCGCAAGGGCGAGCUCACCGUCAAGGGCACUGCAUUUGACCGCCACUACGGUGGCCGCGACUUUGACAAGGCCAUUGUCGACCACUUCCAGAGGGAGUUCGUCGCCAAUCCCAAGCUGGCCGUGGACAUCAACACGAACGCUCGUGCUCGUGCUCGUGUCCUGGUCGCCGCCGAGAAGCUCAAGAAGAUUCUUUCCGCCAACCAGACCGCCCCCCUGAACAUUGAGAUGCUGAUGGAAGACAAGGACGUCUCCACCUCGCUGUCCCGCGCCGACUUCGAGUCGCUGGUCGAGCCUCUGCUGUCCCGAACCACCGUGCCCCUGAUGCAGGCUCUGGCCGACGCCGGCCUGUCCAAGGAGGACAUUGACAUCGUCGAGGUCGUUGGUGGCGGUUCCCGUGUCCCUGCCAUCAAGGAGCGCAUCCAGGACUUCUUCGGCAAGCCGCUGUCCUUCACCCUGAACCAGGACGAGGCUGUUGCCCGGGGUUGUGCUUUCGCCAGCGCCCUGCAGUCGCCCAUCUUCCGCGUGCGCGAGUUCGCCGUGCACGAUGUUGUCUCCUACCCCAUCGAGUUCACCUGGGAGAAGGCCAACGAUAUUCCCGACGAGGAGCCGAACCUGGUUGUCUUUGGCAAGGGUAACGCCAUGCCCUCCACCAAGGUCCUGACCUUCUUCCGGAAACGGCCUUUUGACCUGGAGGCCCGCUACUACGAGCCGCAGGACAUCCCCGCUGGCAUGAAGCCGUGGAUCGCUCGCUUCUCCGUCAAAGGCGUCAAGCCCACUAUUGGUGGCCCCGACGACUACAUGACUUGCAAGCUGCGUGCCCGCGUCAACCCUGACGGUGUCCUAAAUCUGGACAGCGCCUACUCUGUCGAGGACCAGGAGGUCGAAGAGGAAAUCAAAGAAGAGGAGCCGCCAAAGACGGACGACGCUGCCGCUCCAGCAGGCGAGGCUAUGGACACGGACGCCCCCGCGGAGGAGGUCAAGCCCAAGACCCGCAAGGUCCGCAAACAGGUCCGCAAGGACAACCUGCCGGUCGUCUCGGCUGCCAACGCUCUGGAGCAGCCCGCCGUUGAGGAUGCCAAGGAGAAGGAAGGCAAGAUGACUGCCAACGACAAGCUCGUUUUCGACACAGAGGAGAUGAAGAACUCUCUCGAGUCCUACAUCUACGACGUCCGCGACAAGCUCACCAAGAGCGACUCCGGCGAGGAGGAAUACGAUGGCAUCUACGUCAAGUUCUCCAGCGACAGCGACCGGGAAAAGAUCCUGGCCAAGCUGACCGCCACCCAGGACUGGCUCGAGGAUGAUGGCUACGACACCACCAUGUCCAUCUACCGCUCCAAGAAGGAGGAGAUCAGCGCUCUUGUCGGCCCCAUCCACCAGCGUUGGUGGGAGCAGAACGAGAUUGAGCGCCAGAAGCUGGCUGCUGAGCUGGCCCAGAAGGCCGCCGCCAAGAAGGCGACUGAGGAGGCUGCCAUUGCUAAUAACGCGGCCAACGGUGACCCCAACGCCCCGGAUGCCGAGAUGCCCGACGCCGACCCGGCUAAGAACCCCACGAUUGAGGAGGUCGACUGA